CUCCAGCGCUGUGAAAUUGAGGGUUCGCGUGCCCGCUUGUCCGGCCUGCUCGGGCAUGUAAAAGCCUCCCUGAAGGCCACUGGUCAUGAUCUGCUAGAAGCGGACCUCAGCCACGCACUCGCCAACACCUCUGCGGAAGAUGCGAGCCCACUCAUGAUGGAGUUUGCCUUUGAUAAAGUGAAUAAGGGCAACGGUGCGGCACUGGAAUGGGCCAAGCGAACCGCAGAUAGCCUCAGUCUGCCAGAACCCCUUAGCGUGCGGCCAGAAGCAUUUAAGGAUCUCAAAAGUGAUCCGCAGGCGAAGUUUGCAGUGAUGCGGCUCAUCUGUUCACCCGAUGCGCACUCCGAAUGGCAGCCUACCUGGCGUCAGUUUAGGGAAGAGCUUUACAGAGCCGCUCGGUUAGGAGCUGACUCUAGGUCCGUACCAUCGUCAUCGUCAUCUUCAGGCCAACAACACCCCCUAUAA